AUGCCACUACCAUCAUUUAAAACCUUUUUCGAUUUAUAUGUUCCUAUAUUUGAUUUACUUUUUGUUGCUAUUAUACCAUUUUGUCUUAUGAUGUUUACAAAUAUUGGAAUAAUUUGUACAAUUAUGCGUACGAAUAGGUUAUGUGCAACAUCUAGAGAACAACAACAAAAUAAUCGUUUAACUAUGAUGUUAUUAUCUGUUUCAUUAGCUUUUAUGCUUUUAACAUGCCCAUCAGUGAUUUAUAUAUAUUUAAAUCGUUUAACAUCAUCAAAGACAGCAGCUCCGAAUAAAAGAUUACUUAUUCUUGAUUUACUUGAAGCAUUAUGGUAUACAAAACAUGCAUUGAAUUUUAUUUUAUAUACAUUAAGCGGACAAGAUUUUCGUCGGGAAUUUAUGAAAUUAUUUCCAUGUUCUCGACACAAAACAACAAAUAUAUUGAUGGAUCAACAAAGAAAUCAAAAUAAUCGUUUAAAUAUAGCUAUCAGUAUAUAUGUAGAUAAUACAACAUCAGUAAAUCAACGAUUAUUCGACAAUCAAAAAAAACUAUUCAAUAAAGAAGACAAUGAUGUAUCGAUUAUAAUCAUUUCAAAAACUUCAAAAAUAGAAACGCCUGUUUAG